CCGGAAGUUAGUGAAAACAUUCAUUGGGUCAAUCAGAAGUCGCUGCGGCUGACGUCACGCCAGAUACCAAGUGCGCGUGCCUGUGGAGUUUCACUUGGAUCCAAGAUGGCGGGUACCAGUCUAGUGGCUGGGGAUGUGGUGGUAGAUGCAUUGCCGUACUUUGAUCAGGGGUAUGAUGCCCAGGGAGUGCGGGAAGCGGCAGCUGCUUUGGUGGAAGAAGAAACCAGAAGGUACCGUCCUACCAAAAAUUACCUGAGUUAUCUACCGACACCAGAUUACUCUGCGUUUGAGACAGAGAUAAUGAGAAAUGAGUUUGAAAGACUGUCCGCACGACAGCCAAUUGAGCUUCUUAGCAUGAAAAGGUAUGAGUUGCCUGCCCCUUCCGCUGGGCAGAGGAAUGACAUCACCGCAUGGCAGGAGUGUGUCAACAACUCCAUGGCACAACUAGAGCACCAGGCAGUUCGUAUUGAGAACCUUGAGAUCAUGUCUCAGCAUGGCUGCAACGCAUGGAAAGUUUAUAACGAAAACCUGGUGCAUAUGAUUGAAUCUGCCCAAAAAGAUCUCCAAAAGUUAAGGAAACGCAUUCAAGACUUGAAUUGGCAAAGGAAAAAUUCCCAACUUUUGUCUGGUGCAAAACUGAGAGAGAUGGAGUCAACGUGGGUAUCCCUUGUAAGUAAGAACUAUGAGAUAGAGCGUGCAAUUGUCCAGUUGGAGAAUGAAAUCCAUCAGCUCAAGCAGAGGGACGGAGAGAACAAAGAAAAUAUUCAAGAUUAUUCACAAUGAUUCCCAGGACUGUUUCCGGAGUGUCUAGCACAACCGAUCCAAUUUGUGCUUUUAGUCAUUAGGUCAUAAUCUGCAGCAGAAAACAUGCUCUUAUAGCACAGUCGACAGCUGGGUGAAUUUUUCCUUUAACCUAUUUUAUGUCACCCAUGGUAUUUCUGUUUCCAGACUUUUGCAGUGAAUAAUUAAUUAAAUGGAGAGCCAUAAACAUCUUUUGAUACGAGCCAAAAGGGGGCCUUUGUAAUAUACAUCUGUAAUGUUGAUUACACCUUGUUAGUACAAAUAGUACUUAAUGAGCUGAAAAUUUGUUUUAAUUAAAACUUUUCAAGAGUUUUGUGAGAUUUCAAUUUGUGAUGUGAAUAAAUGUCAUUUGUUUUUUUUUUUGCAAAUGUACUCUUAAA